AUGUCAGAAGCAUGGAAUGAAAGCACAGGAAUAACAGUGGAUACUCACGUUCAUCGCCUUGCAAAUAGACUUCAUUUUGUUAAAACUAAUAAUCCAAACGCAACAUCUCAAAAACUCAGUGAAAUUAUUGAUAAAGAUCUUUGGAAGGAUGCUUCUCAAGCCUUCUAUUACUAUGGCCAACAAAUUUGUCAAGCAAAGAAGCCUCAAUGUGAUGAUUGCAUUAUAUCGGAUUGUCCAUCUCGAAAGUAA